AUGAAUGCUGUAUUCUUGACGAAUGACGACAAGGAACGAGAUAACGUGGCAUUCAAAUUGAAAGAUGGAGUUCUGAUCAUCCAGCUACGUCCCAGUGAUGAGGGUAGGCGACUUUCAUGGUCCAUGCAACGUCUCAUCAUAAAGGCGCUGCAGCAAGCUCUGAGCAGUGAUGAGGUGAAAGGUGUCCUGCUAACUGGUACUGGCAAUGUGUUCUGUGGUGGAAGUGCUUCUGUUGAUCCAAAGUUGAUUGCAGGUGGAAAGAAGGAGAUUAUCACUACAUCUUGUAAUUUGAUGCAGGAACUUGUUGAUGCCCUUAUUCGCCUCUCCAAGCCCAAAGUACUGGCUGUCAAUGGCAGCUGCCAUGGGUUUUUGUUUAAAGCUUUCCCUCUCUUUCACCGUGUAGUCGCUGUUGACAACUGCUCUUUCUCCACUGGUGGUGGACCUAUCUCCAAGAAGGACGUAUGCUGCUCUUCUGUGACGUUCUGGCCCAAGGCAGCAGCUUUUAAGAGUGCACAAGUGGAUUUGAAACAAGCAUUGAAAUAUAAGCUAGUCCAUGUGUCUGUGCCAUUGGAUGCCUUAUUUGACACAGCUAUGAUGGAGGUGAAUAGUCUGCUACUCUCUGAAAGGAUUCCCGUGAAACUACCACAAACUGAAACACUGCUAGAAGCGAAUAAGAACGAAUGCCACAAGCUACUGCAACACAUUCAGCGAAGGAUUGGAGAAAGACCGACUGCUUAA